GGGCGGGCAUUCCAGUUAAGGAGGGGCGGCCUGAAGUAUGAGCUCGGGCGCGUGUAGCACCAUAUCGCUUGGCGGACUCAGAGUACAAUGGCGAAACGGCCAGAUGUCUCUUUGUGCGGACGUCCAUUUGUUCUACUUGUUGUGUAUGACUCCAGCUGGCUCGGGCAGGCUGCGCAUGUCACAGGUGCCUCUGUGGUCAAUGUAUGCAUGUGCAUGGUCCGUGUUGGUCCGAAUAUCUCCUGCGUCUGCGGAAAGUCGCCCCAGUGGUCAUCGAUCCAUAUGACACGUCGCGCACUGCUUUGCUGCUCAGAUACGGCAGGUAAUGGGGUACGAAGUGGACGAUUGGAACAGAAGAUGCACACAGCUUGGAUACACACCGGAGCUCUGGAUCCGUGGGUCAGACAUGCAGUGUCGCCCCGGUCGCCACUCCGAGCCGGGCUGGGAACUCGAGCGCUGUAAGUAUCUGCAAUCCCUGUACCUUGGUCAGCGAUGCCUAGGGCAGUUUGGCCACACAUUUUGUGCCAAGAGCUCCCCAUGUAACCCUUUCAGGUCUUCGACUUCAAUUGCAGGCCGCCGCGCCGCUUCUAGCGAGUAUAUGUCUGGCGGAGAUGCUCCCCGUU